AUGUUCCAACUCCUAUUUACAUUAUGUGUCGGCGAGAUUUUAGCCGAAUAUACAAAUUGGACGCGCCUGGACAUUAAUGAAACCGAACGCAACUACCUGGACGCGACGGCCGAGCUGUACAAGGAGCUUUUUGAGACUCGAUUUUAUCGAAGAGAUCUAUCGCCGGUAUACUCGAAACAACCAGCGAAUUUGACGCAGAGUAACUACACGCGUUUUAACGUCGAAAUCGAGUUGGGGUAUUUGAAGAUUUUUGAGAUGAACGCGCAGAGUCAAACCGUAACAGUGAUGCUGGAAUUUAUUCAGUUUUGGGUGGACGCGAGGCUUUCCUGGGUUCCGGAAGACUACGAUGGUAUCAGAACGAUCUGGUUGGGCUACGACACGGUGUGGAUUCCGGAAUAUUCCGUGCUAGACGUAAGCGCGAUCAGCGAGGCUUGGCCGGAUUAUCGACGUCCGGUUCGGGUACAAUCUUCGGGUCGUGUAUUUUUGGAUACACAACAAAUUGUGACGAUUGCCUGCCCAAUGGAUCUUGGCACCUUCCCAUUUGAUUCCCAAAUGUGCCCAAUCAAUUUUGGCCUCCCCAGCUAUUUUGUGAACCAGAUCACAAUGACCGGCGCUCUCUUCGACUUUGACUACAAAACGCUUUCGGUA